AUGAUGAUGAUUAGAGCUCUUAGCACGAGGAAGAAGGAUCAAGGCGGAUACAAGAAGCUCGGUGAGGAAGAAGCAGCAGACGUUGAGCUUUUAAAAGGGAAACCGCAGAGCGUUCCAGCGAGUUCCCAUGGCAAAUCCCCGGAGAGUUCGCUAGGUACAUGGAGUAUGUCAAAGAAGGAGGAGUUUGGGAUACCACUUCAAAUGGACCUGCCAUAUAUUACAGAUAGAUCCAUGUCCUAA